UUAUUCUCAAGAGUUUCACCUUUAGAAGUUAUUUCGUCAUUUUCUUGAUGCGUUUUAUUUUUAGAUUAAGAGUGAAAAGCCAUGUUCCAUGUCACGCGCCAUGUGCCCCUUAGGGAUCAAUAACAAUCAUUUCGACUUUGUUUAUUAGGCGAAAUUGAUUUUGAGUUACAAUUCUUUAUCUUUGGGCCGAAACUAUGGAUAUAAAUGUUGAAUUCAACUAGAUUUCCCAUGGGAAUCAUGACAUGUCGCUGAACUAAAUUUUGGUAGUGGGUGAAAGCGGAUUUCAAUUGUCAAACUACCAUGAGUCUCUGAGAACUCUAUUCACCAUCUUGAAUACGAGAACAGCUUUCAGACGCCAAACUGGUGUUGUUUUAUCAUGGAAACAACCCGUGCACCUAUGCACUGGUGGACAACGACAGAAAAAUCUAUUUUAGCAACGACGCUUGGGAUAAUUAUUGUUUUUGGAGUGUGUGGAAAUUUACUUGUCAUAAUCGCAAUUCUCCGAUUCAAACGUCUUCGGCGAGCAGUGAACAGCUAUUUGAUCCUAAAUCUAGCGGUGAGCGACUUCCUCACAGCUUCCAUACUGAUGCCAUUUCACUUGGCUACCGUCUUGGAUCUCAACAUUAUUGUGGACAAUGGAUUUCUCUGCAAAAUUGGCGGAAUAUUAUCGUAUCCGUUCUACAUCUGCUCAACUAUAACACUUGUCAUGUUAGCGAUUGAGAGACAUAUUGCGGUGAGCGACCCUUUAAGAUACAUAAGUCGCGUGACAACUAGAACAAUCGCCAUUAUGAUUGUGUAUUGUUGGACUCAAGGAGUCAUUUUCGUUGUGCUGGUUUCGUCUUUGGCUAAUAUUGAGUUUUCUACUCAAAGUUUAGACUGCGGAGUCGCGUGGGCGGGAACUCCAUUAUGGCUCAGUAUUUUGGCUUUGCUACUAAACAUUGUGCUUCCAUUUUUCCUACUGCUUAUCAUGAGCCUGCGGGUUCUAAUCGUAGCAAUACGGCAGAAAAAGAGGAUAGACACUGAAAGAUUUAGAAUUGAUCGAACACAAAGGAAAAAAAGCGUUUUCUCAGGACUUGAAGGCAAAGCCACAGUUGCUGUGUUGGUGGUUAUCUUUGUCUUUCUCAUUUUAUGGAUUCCGUUUCUAAUCACUCGGGGAUUUAUGGCGUUCACUCAGCUCUACAUCUCACCGAUAGUGACUACUUCAGUUGUGUGGCUGCUUCAUUUAAAUUCUGUCGUAAAUGUCUUCAUUUACACGGUGCGUAGGUCAGAUUACAGGCAUGCGUUUGUGUCAAUCAUCCGCUGUACAUCUUUAUCACGGUCUGCUGAUAUCGAGCGCACCAUAACCACCAUGCAUGAAGCCGGCUCGAGGGAAAAGAACAUGAACCACAGCUCAGGGACGAUACAGCUCAACUGCACGGUCAUUACCAUACCUGACGUAACUUGAAUCAAUUAAAACAUGAAUCGAGAAUAAUUACUUUACAUUUGGAAAGUUACUCUAAGUAAUAACUUUUUCAUUAGGCAAUUACUUUUCACUGAUCAUUAUUUGUUUUCUAAGGCCGCUGGGGGGGAGGGUUAAGAGGAGUUUGUGUGAGUCCCAGUAAACAUUAGUUGAUCCCCCACUAAAGCUCUGUGCAUUUUAAUCGUACUCCUCAUUUGAAGUCAAUUAUCUACACUCACCCCCUCCCCCUUCUUUAUACUCUUUUAGUGACAACUAGUAAAAGGAUACGCUUAAACGUAGGGUAGUAGGGUAUGGUAGGGUUAAUCUACAGGUUUUCCGCAAAAAUUCCCCUGAUCCCCAACCCGUUGAAGUUCGUUCUCCCUAACAUCAUCUAAACCCUCCCCCCUCCCCCUCAGCCGAAAAAUUGUGACUGGUAUCCCUUGGAAAAUCAUUUCCCGUAGUAAUGAAAAUGAAAAAUCGAGAUGGUGAAUACAAAAAAUUUCUAGGUUACAAGGAUGUCACGAAUCACAGUCCUAAGGUGGAAGAAACAAUUCAGAGUACACAUUUGAAAAAAAAAAAAAUACCUUUUCAGUACAUUCUCUUAA